GUCGAGAUCGUCCCACAGGCGCGAGUUACGCUGUUAAUUCAUCAGGUGUUGUCUGCACAUCAAGUAGUGCAUUGGAAAGUGAGGCACGUUCGAAAUAAUCGACUUCUUCAAGACAGCGCGUCGGGACAGAAGGUAAAAUUGACAACUUUAUCUCAGAUCAGACAUGACUACCAACAUCCAAAUCAAAAGCCCUAAUGUGAGAUACACAGAGAGGUACAUCGAAGCUCUGUACUCCUACCACACCACAUCUGUGUCCAGAGAUGGAGACACGUACACAGUGACACCUUCCACUACUCAGUUCACCUUCCACACUGAGCGGGCAGUGCCCAAGCUAGGAGUGAUGCUGGUAGGCUGGGGAGGGAAUAAUGGCACCACUGUCACCGCUGCGGUCAUUGCGAACAAGAUGGGCAUGCGCUGGAGAACCAAAACUGGCAUGAAGUGUGCUAAUUACUUUGGCUCCUUACUACAAGCCUCCACAGUGUGCUUGGGGUCGGGCCCAGAGGGGGAGGUCAACAUACCUUUCCGUGACUUGCUUCCCAUGGUGCACCCUAACGACAUCAUUUUCGAUGGUUGGGACAUCUCUUCGUUAGACUUGGGCCAGGCGAUGGAGAGGGCUGAGGUGCUGGACUGGGAUCUACAGGAGCAACUGCGACCACACAUGAGCCAGCUGAAGCCCAGGGCCUCCAUUUAUAUCCCAGAAUUCAUAGCUGCUAACCAGAGCCACAGAGCCGACAACCUCAUCCAGGGAACAAAGGCUGAACAGGUGGCACAACUCCGGAGGGAUAUUCGUGACUUCAAGCAGAAGAGUGGUGUGGACAAGGUCAUCGUUCUGUGGACCGCCAACACAGAGAGAUUCUGUGAUGUUGCAACUGGUAUCAACGACACUGCUGAGAAUCUGCUUGCCACUAUCCAGAAAGGAGGUGAGGUAUCUCCCUCCACACUUUUUGCAGUAGCCAGCAUCCAGGAGGGCUGUGCGUACAUCAACGGUUCCCCACAGAACACCUUCGUUCCUGGGGUAGUUGAGCUGGCCAUUCAGAAGGGUGUCUUCAUUGGAGGAGAUGAUUUUAAAUCUGGCCAGACCAAAAUUAAAUCCGUUCUCGUGGACUUCUUGGUCAGCGCAGGCAUUAAGCCAAUGUCCAUUGUUAGCUACAAUCACCUUGGCAACAAUGACGGCAUGAACCUCUCAGCGCCGCAGCAGUUCCGGUCUAAGGAGAUCUCCAAGAGCAACGUGGUGGACGACAUGGUGCAGUCCAACCCUGUGUUGUACAGCCCGGGGGAGAAGCCAGAUCACUGUGUGGUGAUCAAAUAUGUGCCAUACGUGGGCGACAGCAAGCGUGCCAUGGAUGAGUAUGUGUCUGAGAUUAUGAUGGGGGGCACGAACACCAUCGCUAUUCACAAUACCUGCGAGGACUCCUUGCUGGCUAGUCCAAUCAUCUUGGACCUGGUCAUCCUCACAGAUCUUUGCCAGAGGAUCACAUUCUGCACGGAGAGUGACCCCAGCUUUCAGACCUUCCACAGUGUGCUCUCCCUGCUCAGCUUCCUCUGCAAGGCCCCUCUUGUCCCACAGGGGGCGCCUGUGGUCAAUGCCUACUUCCGCCAGAGAGCUUGCAUUGAAAACGUCAUGAGGGCAUGUCUAGGCCUGCCGCCUCAGAGCCACAUGCAGCUCGAGCACAAGAUGCAGAGAACUCUCCUGGAGAACCGUAGGGACCAUGUCCCAUAUGCUGUGGCCGCCAGCAAGAACAAGGGAGUCCACACGAACGGAUUCCACUCGUUACAUUGCAGUGCUGUCGCUGGACAUAAAAUGGAGGAGCCAAGCAUUGAAUAAGAUCUAUUCGUAUUGUGGAGUUGUUACUGAUUAUAUGUAAUCGGCGUACAAAAAUUAAGUGCUUGUGAACAGACAAGUAUGUGUGUGUUUUAGAUUUGUCACUUUUGACAGGACCAUGUGUACUUAAAAAAAUGUGUUUAUGAUAUCUUAUUUGAAUAUAUUAAAUGCAGUUUACUUUA